CGACUCGCAGAAUGCCUGAUGCCAGUCUGAGACACGCACUCUGGGGCCCGAGGCAUUCUUAAUCCUAACCGUCAUCGAGGCUCCUACACGCCCGUCGAGAACUGCGAGAAUAGCAGUCCGUGGACGCGCAAGCUGACCUUGAUCUCACUAUAUAGGCACCGAUCCCGAGAAAGGGUGAGCAUCAGAACGCAGCCUCUUUACAUGAUACCUUGGACGGACGUGCGCAUCAUACCGGUCUACGCGGCUCUCCUAUCUGCGACCUACUGGGCGUCCAAGGUCCUCUUUCGAGGGCUAACUCGUCCAAAAAACGAGGAGCAGGGUAACGCAGCCAAUGACGCGCCAUCGUGCGUGACCAGAGACGGGCGCGCAUACAAACUCUCCACAGUAGCUUCCUGUGUCGCCCUCGCGGCCAUCUCGGCAGCGUCGGCGAUUAAAGAAGGAUCGCUCGUGGAUGCCGCGCUCUCUGCUCCCUUCUGUUACGCCACUGCACUUGCUUACGCGUCCACGAGCGGCCUGCCGUACUCUCAGUCCGCCUCCUUACACUUAAAUGGGGUACUGCUCACUACAUUCGUGGUUUAUGCUGCUCGCGACCUGGCGCCUCUUGCUCUUUAUGGAGGCCACCCUUCCGACCGGGACGGGCCCUUGCUAUGGAUCGCAAUUAGCCUGCUCUUCACCGCCGGGAUACUCAUUCCGCUGUUCACACCCGGGAAGCACACUCCCAUCAAUACAAAGGAUCCGUUGCCGGCCACCCCAGAACAGAAGGCGUCCAUCAUGUCCUUCUGCACGUUCACCUAUCUGAACCCCAUUAUAUCGCUGGCGCAGCGUCGCUCCAUUACCCUCGAUGACCUACCGCCUAUCUCGGACACGGACGACGCGGGUCAAUUGAAGGUCAGAACCUUUGAGGAUCUCGACAUGGUUGACGGAAAUCGCAAGCGGCACAUCUUCUUCGCGCUCACAAAGGUCUUCCGCUGGCAGUACGCGACGUUGGUUCUGUCACUUGUCGUACAGGUCUUCACCAGCUUCGCUGCGCCCCUGGCACUCAACCGCAUUCUCAAUUACCUUGAACAUGGCGCCGUGGGGACGUCUGUACGGCCAUGGUUCUGGGUAUGCCUCUUGUUCGUCGGACCCUUGAUCUCGUCAAUCGCGCUGCAGUGGUACAUUCACCUGGUGAUACGCACCGCUAUACGGGCGGAGGCCAUAAUCACCCAGCUUAUAUACGAGCACGCCUUACGCUUGCGAACGAAUGCCGGCUCAACGAAGCAAUCGGCCUCAGAAGUUGUUGCCCAACCCAACUCGGACAACUUCCUUGGUCGCCUCAACACGCUUGUCACGACGGACCUUCAAAACGUCGUCAACGGGCGGGACUUCAUCCUAAUCCUCGUCUACAUCCCUCUGAACGUUGUCGUGGGAAUAGUCUUCUUGUACUCUAUACUAGGGUGGAGCGCCCUCGUCGGCCUGAGCGUCAUCAUCCUAUCACUACCCUUGCCCGGCCUAUCGGCGAGACUCAUUCAGAAGUUAGAUCAAGAGCGGCUCAAGCGGCUUGAUGAUCGCGUGCAGAGCAUAACCGAAGUCCUGAGCGUCAUUCGCAUGAUCAAGCUGUUUGGCUGGGAGCGCAAGAUGAAGGAGAAGAUCUCGCAGGAGCGCGACGAAGAGCUGCAGUAUUUGUUCCGCAGGCGCAUCGUCGAGAAGUCGAGCGAAGUCAUUGUGUACUGCAUCCCCAUCGCUGUCAUGCUGGCUACUUAUGCAACCUACGCGAGGCUGACCAUUCUCAGUACCGCCGUCAUGCGUGAACCCCUUAGUGCCGCCAUCGUCUUCAGCUCAAUGGCCGUCUUCGACAUCCUGCGCAAGAUGAUAGGUUUGAGCAUGAACAUCGUCACAUUAGGCGUCACGGCGAAGGUUUCGCUUGACCGUAUCGACGCAUUCUUGUCUCCAGCCAAGUCCGAUCUCUUAGAUGCAUUCGACAUUUCCCGCGACGUCCAGCCGCCCACCGAACCACCUUCUCGGGAUGCGAUUGGGUUCAAGCACGCUAGCUUCUCAUGGUCAGACAAUACGAACGCCUUCGAGCUACGCGUCGACGGCGAGGUCAGGUUCAAAAGUGGCAAGGUCAACCUCAUUAUUGGGCCAACUGGGUCUGGGAAGACAUCUCUAUUGAUGGCUUUGCUCGGCGAGUUGAGAUACGCGCCUACGAGCUGCUCCUCCUGGGUCAACCUUCCGCGAGAUGCUGGCGUCGCCUACGCUGCGCAGGAGUCGUGGGUGCAGAGUGAUACGAUCAAGAAUAACAUUGUCUUCGGAGCACCUUUCGAUCCGGAUCGCUAUGAGCAAGUCCUGUACCAGUGCGCGCUCAAGCGCGACUUGGCUUUGUUCGACGCCGGAGAUGAGACGGAGGUCGGCGAGAAGGGCGUGACGCUGAGCGGGGGGCAGAAGGCUCGCAUCACCCUGGCUCGCGCAGUAUACUCAAGUGCAUCGAUCCUACUUCUCGACGAUAUCCUUGCUGCACUGGAUGUUCACACGACGAAGUGGGUAGUCGAGAAAUGUCUGGCCGGUUCUCUCGUCCAAGGGCGCACGGUCAUCCUUGUCACUCACAACAUACCGCUCGCUCAGCCCCUCGCAAGCACCGUCAUCGCAGUUUCCAGCGGCCACGUCACACUUGAAGCUAGCAUCGCUGCUGCCAUCAGCCAUGAUGCGAGGCUGGCGAAGGAGGUAGAGGAAGAAGACGAGCACGUACACGGAGCUACUGAAACCUUGGGAGAAAAACACGCGGACGAAACGCCAACUGGCAAGCUCGUCGUAGAAGAGGAGGUGGAGAUAGGCCGCAUCACCUGGAGUACAUUUGCCACCUACCUACGCGCUGCGGCCGGUCAGAACCUGACGCUAUUCCUCGUCGUCUGGAUCACUGCCCUCGGCGUCAUGGACAUCCUCGGCGUCAGCUCAACUUGGUUUUUGGGCUACUGGGCAUCGCAAUACGAGGAUUAUCAGCCGAGCGAAGUGAACGUCUCGAGAUAUCUCGGUAGUUUUGGCCUGAUUCUGCUCGCGCAGAUCAUCGCUACUGUCGUGUCGUUUAUGACCUUCAUCCUCGGGGGCGUGCGAGCGUCCAGGGUUCUACACGACGCGCUGGCGAAUUCUAUGCUCGGCGCAACGCUUCGAUGGCUCGACCAAACACCAGCGUCCAGAAUCAUCACGCGCUUCACUUCGGACAUGGCUACCUUGGACACCCAAGUCCCUCACGAUGCACACUUCCUCUGCCAACUUACAAUUAUGCUGAUCGUUAGGCUGGCCGCCAUCGUCAUCAACGCGCCCCUUGCGCUCGUCUUCGGUGUCGUAGUCGGAAUUGCCGGCGUGCUUCUCGCCUUCGCGUACAUGCGCGCACAGAUGCCAGUUACGCGCGAGACGUCCAAGGCGCGAGCACCUGUUCUUGCUCACUUUGGCGCUUCGAUGGCUGGUUUAGUCUCCAUACGCGCGUACGGAGCUCAAGCGGCGAUGAUCACCACGUCCAUCCAGCACAUAAACCAGUACACGCGCGCAGCCAGGAUUUCUUUCGAUCUACAGCGCUGGAUAACGAUAAGGAUGGACGCGCUAGGAGCUGCGUUCUCCACCUUACUGGCUAUAUAUCUCGUCUACUUCACGGACACCAGUGCAAUAGGAGCAAGCUCAACAGGAUUCUCCCACAACAUGGCUGUCGGAUUCAGCGGCAUGAUCUUGUUCUGGGUACGCAUGAUGAACAUCGUCGAGGGCGAUUGUGAUAGUGUCGAGCGCGUCAACCAAUGUCUGAAGGUCGAGCAGGAGAGGCCGGCUACUCCAGAAGGGCAGCCUCCCACUCACUGGCCCGCCAGCGGCGAGCUGAACGUGCGCGGUCUCUCCGCGUCAUACUCCAAGGGCGGACCCAAGGUUCUUCGUGAUAUUUCGUUUCACAUCACUUCUGGCGAGCGCGUAGGCGUAGUGGGACGUACUGGCGCUGGCAAGAGCUCACUGAGUCUUGCGCUUUUGCGGUGUAUAGAAUGCGAAGGAGAGGUAUACUACGAUGGCGUGUCCACCGCAAGCCUGAACCUCGAGGCGCUCCGCGUUAGCAUUACCAUCAUCCCCCAAGUGCCCGACAUGAUCAGCGGCUCGCUGAGGGAGAACCUCAACCCCUUCGACGACCAUGACGACGCGACUCUGAAUGACGCCCUUCGCGCCGCCGGCCUGUUCGCGUUGCAAGAGGAUGAGCGAAGCGGGGCCGUACGCGAUAGCAACACCAAGAUUGACCUUGACACGAAGAUAUCAUCAGGGGGUUCCAAUUUGUCCGUCGGUCAGCGUCAGAUUGUCGCUCUCGCGCGUGCUCUCGUGCGUGGUAGCAAGCUGCUCAUCCUCGAUGAAGCUACAUCUGCUAUCGACUACAGAACGGAUAGCAUCAUCCAGGAAUCUCUGCGCCGUCACCUUGGGAACGACGUGACGCUGAUGGUCAUUGCACACCGCCUGAAGACCGUCAUGGACGCAGACAAAAUCAUGGUCUUGGACGCCGGGAAGCUUGUGGAAUUCGACCGGCCUGAAGCGUUGCUCGCCCAGCAGGACAGCGCCUUGCGCGCCCUUGUAGAGGAGUCGAGCGACAAAGAACAUCUCUACAAGCUGGCCGGGAUCGCCGUCUGAGCUCGGUACCCUUCUGUUCUGUACACUUCUGCGCCUGGUUGCGCCUUACGGACAAAACAAUGCUGUAUCCAAGAAAAUAAACGUCCAUAACUAUCCUCCGAGGAUACCAAGAAGUCCACUAUCCUGGUAUCCACCCACGACAAUUGGUCGACCCGCAGUCACACUCAAUCAUGGCGUCUUCAGCUACCUUUUUCCGCUUCUUUUUGGCUUGCCCGCCGUCGUUGUGAGCGAGCUCGGGGUGGUAAUCAAGGGUGAGCUCGAGGCCUGCGCAGAUGUCCGUAUUGGCGACGAAGGCGAUGUAAGGGCGAUUCUCCUGCACAACGAAAGAGACGACCGAGAAAAAGGAAGUCCACCGCAAACAUACCUCCGGUACCGUGUCCCAGACGACGUGAUACGUAUCAAGAUUCGGCUCACACGAG